AUGGCGUAUUUCACGAGCCCAGAGUUCCUCCGGGUCAUCCUCCUACUCUUCAUCAACGUCGUGCACAGUAAAUGGCGACAAUAUGUAAACACCAUCGUUCCAGCACCAUAUCUCGAUGAAGUCUUCCAUGUUCCACAAGUGCAAGCAUAUUGGUUUGGGAAAUGGUCUCAAUGGGAUCCGAAAAUCACAACUCCACCGGGCCUUUACGGCUUCUCUUAUCUCCUCAACUCGUUCCGGGCUUACAUGGACCCUGGCUUGAAGCCUAACACCAAUGAAUGGCGAUAUGUCAAUGCAGUGCUCCUCUAUCUAACGCUGGUAAUGUUGUACAUUCUAGCGGCAGUGGGGAAGAGAUCCGUGGUAUCGGAAAAUGUGCUACAGCGCGAAUUCAACGUCAUUUUGUUCCCCUUGCUGUUCUUCUUCUCGGCAUUAUACUAUACGGAUCUGUUCAGUGUCUUCACCGUCGUUCUAGCCCAGACAUUCUGGGCAACGGGCUCUUCUAUGGGCGGAUGGAAGAAAUUUCUAUCCCAGAGUCUUCAUCUUAUGGCUGGGCUGUUGUCUCUUAGCGCCCGCCAGACCAAUAUAUUCUGGGUAGCUGUUUACCUCGGCGGACUCCAAGCUGUUGAAACCAUCAAGGCAGAAGUCGGCGUUGAGAAGAUCCACGACCCACCGGUGUCACAGGCAUCUCUUAAAGACGUUUCAAAAACAAGCACCUCUCUUGCUCAGUCCGCUUUCUCGGUUUUGCCCAGGCUCCUGCUAGAUCUAUGGCCACAGAUACUGCUUCUUGGCUCAUUCGCAGCGUUUGUGGCAUGGAACGGUGGUGUGGUCCUGGGCGACAAGGAUAAUCACGUUGCAACUAUUCACCUGACCCAGAUGCUCUACAUUUGGCCGCUCCUAAUUUUCUUCUCCUGGCCUGUUUUACUCCCCCUGUUCUCCAACCUUCCGGCGCUUCGUCGCCGACUACCAAGUCUCAUCACGACUGCCACAUUUCUAGCACUCAUGUUUAACAUUGUCUACUUCAACACGAUCAUCCAUCCCUUCACCCUCGCUGACAACCGACACUACGUCUUCUACGUCUUCGCCAUACUGAGAAGACAUUGGAUCGUCAAGUAUGCGGUUAUACCCUUCUACUUUGCAUGCGGAUGGCUGGCCCUGACCGCUCUCGGGGGAGCACCGGAAUCUCAGCCCAACCAGAAGACGAUCCGUAUUCUGCACAGCGCUGAUACCGUUAGUGUGAGCGACAUGCUCGUCUGGCUCGUUGCAUCAACUCUAUCACUAAUCACUGCGCCACUCGUUGAGCCGAGAUAUUUCAUUAUGCCCUGGCUCAUGUGGCGGCUGGCCGUUCCUGAGCACAAGCCUGAGUCGAAAGCGCAGCAGAAGUUUUCACAACUGGAGAAGAGCAAGAGUGCGACAAAGCAGAAGCAGGCGCAGUCUGAGUCUACCUUUCAGACGAUCUUGAGUGCUGUGGCUGCGUAUUCGGCAUACAUUGAGCUAUUGUGGUAUCUGGCGAUUAACGUUGCAACAGGCUACGUGUUCUUGUACAAGAAUUUCGAGUGGCCGGAAGAACCAGGAAUUAUUCAGAGAUUCAUGUGGUAG